AUGGAGCCACGCGCCGCUGAUGUUGUGUAUGCUAGAGGGUUCAAGUUCACAGACCCUGCCACAAGAUGUUUCAUUCUCAACAUUGCCCCCGGCGUUUCUGAGAUGCAGCUUGAAAAGCAAUUGAACAAGUUUGGGCUUGUCCAGGUUUACACCUACCAACCGGCGACGCUGAAAUUCCCAGGCUGGGCCUGGGUAGGUUAUUACAAUCGACAAGGGGUGAACAAUCUACUCAACAUGUCAGCAGCCAUGCAAAAGGUAACUGCGGAACAGACGUUUAAGGUGACAAGCGAAACGCCCCGGGACAUGUUUGACAAGCUCCAACAUGACGUGGAUACCGUUGAAACUUCGACGACACGGGUGGACACAGAACCUGAAGCUUUUGAACAGCAUCCAGAGAAGCAGACUGCCGAAGAGGAGCAGGGGCCGUGA